AUGGUAAAGAUUGCUACAUAUGUCAUUAUUGAUCUAGAAACCACCGGUCUACCGAGAGAAGAGUAUAACAGGACUAGAAUAACAGAAUUGAGUUUAGUGGCUGUUAAAAGAGAUCAUGUGCUCGCGACCGGCUCGGGCGCUACGCCCCGAGUCCAGCACAAGCUGACGCUCUGCUUCAACCCGGGGAGGCCAGUGGCGCCGAGCUGUACCGACGUGACCGGCCUAUGCAAUUUCCUCCUGGAAUAUGAACCUAGGUUUAACGUAGAAACUUUUGCUAUGAUAAAUACUUUCCUCAACGUUUUGGAGAAACCCGUGUGCCUUAUAGCUUAUAAUGGAAAUCGUUUUGACUUCCCAAUAUUGAAAAAUCACUUAACAAAGCUCAGUGUUAGCUUUUCUAGUGAUCUUCUCUGUGCCGAUGUCUUUUAUGGUUUUAUUAAUAUUAUAGAAAAAAAUGAAAAUGUAGACUCAAGUGUUACCAAAGAAAAUGGCACUCAUACAUCUGAAAGAAAUACUGAUGAUACAAUGUUGACCGAUAUUGAACCAAAGUCUAUGCAAUCAAUAAAUGAAACGACACCAAAACGUCAAAUGAUCAGAAACCCACGACCACAUUCCAUUUCCAAAGUCCGUAGAAGUUUUCCGUGGAGUAAAGGCACAAAUCCAAAAGGGAAGUAUAAACUUCAGAAUGUAUAUGAGAUGAUAUGUAAGCAAGCAGCGGUGGACGCCCAUCGUGCUGAGAGUGACUGCUUAUUUGUAUUGCAAUGUUUCGUGGCUAAAGCAAGUGAGAUGGUGCAAUGGAUUGAUGAGAAUUGUUGUCUGUUCUCUGAAGUCAAACCAAUGACUAUAGGUGUUCCUAUUGAUACUUAAUCAUGGACAAUUAUAUUAUUUAUUAAAUUAAAUAAAAAUGUAAUUUUAUACUAGGAGACUUCUAGAAGCACAACUUAAUUACAAAAAAUUAAAAAAAAACUAGUACUAACAAUAGGAGUACUAAUUCUGGUAAAAUUGUGAGUAGUAACAGCGUUGAUUGUUAUUAAAAACUAAAUAGUGCAAGCCAGGAAAAGCUUAGAAUUUUUCGAAGUCUUCUCAUUAUAUGAAUUCUUAUUUA